AGGAGAAGAAGUUCAUUUUUCAUCAGACCCAAGAAAAAGUUGUUGGCCAUCUUUGGCGAACGUCAUGAGCCACAUAUCAGGGCGAAAAAUCCAACGUCCGGCGGAUCAACUCAGGGAGAUAGAAGUCCUCAUAAUAUCCGCCCAAGAUCUCAAGAAUGUCAAGCAUGUGAACAAGAUGAAAACCUACGCAGUUGUCUACGUGGAAAAAUCCCACGUGGCGAAAACGCGCGUAGACGAGCACGGCGAAACCAACCCCACCUGGAACGAGGUGGUGAAGGUGAAGUUUCCAGCACGGCUACCGGAGAACGACGUGUUGGCGGCUGUGAACGUGGACAUAUACGCGCAUGGUCACGUGAGGGAGAAGCCAGUGGGAAGUGCUAGGGUUUUGUUAUGUGAUGUGUUGAAGGGAGGGGAUGUGUCAGAGCCGGCAGAUAAUCCGAUACAGUGCAUGACGGUGCAGGUGAGGAGGCCUUCAGGGAGGCCGCAGGGGUUUCUGAACCUUUGGGUUCCACCUACGGGGAGGUUCCUGAUAAGGAGGGAGUCUUUGUCUUUUAGUGUGAAGGAGGCAGCGGAGGAGCAGAAAGAGGAGGCAGCGGUGGAGCAGAAAGAGGAGGCGGUCGGAAGAGCAGAGGUGGAGUAGCAGUGGGGCAUGGCACGCGGUGAUAUUGCAUGUAAGACGUGUGUUAGCUAGAGUCCGGCUUGUUGUUUAGUACAGUUGUUCUGAAGUUUUUCAAUGUAGCUGAGUUAUGACGAGUGUUUUUGAAGUUCAUUUUUCAUGUGUCGUUGUGUGGUCCAAAUUGUUCAACAGUUUUUAGUUUUUUUAUUUUCCUUAUAUAUGUAUUAUCUGGUCUUUUUACUUUUAAAUAAUAUGUUUUACUGUUUUAGUAAAUGGGAUGUAGAAUU